UGAUCCUUCCCCGACACCGUAGAUAAUAAGGAAACACUGACUUCAUCGCUUCGUCCCCACAUUGCCCAAGUCUUUAAACAGUGUUUUUACUGCUUGUUUUCGGAAAGUGAAUCAUAUUUGCCAGUGAUAGAAAGCGGGGGCUUUCCACAGACAGAGUAGCUACAAGGUGCAAAAAGUGUCCAGCUAGGGUGGGUCCAGGAGAAAUUUGAGCUACAGUUAUUGAAUUAUUGCAAAGGAGAAUGGUUGGGCUGGUAAAAGUUUCUAGAUGGGCAACGUUGGCUAAAUAAUCUUCCACGAUGUUCCUCACCCUAGCACUGUUGAAGAAAGGCAUCCCCGGAAAGCAGUGGAUCGGGAAGUACAGACGCCCGCGACCAAUCACAUGGCAGAUGAAACGCAACAUGCUGAAGCAUCUGGAGCGCGAGGCUGAGAAUGAAUACUGGAUCAGCCGGCCGUACAUGACCCCGGAGCAGGAGUACUGCCACGCAGCGGAGCGCAGAGCCCAGAACUGGCUAAAAAUUAAGGAGACCAAGUUUGCAAAUUUCCCCGAACACAAGAGCUUGACAGACCACCUGAGUCAUCUCAACAUCACGAAGACGUGGUCAAGUUAAUGUGAGCAGAGAUGUGCAAAGACUGUCUUUAGAAUGAGAUAUUGUGUGAAUUUGUGAUGUUUCAUUAUGUUUAAAAGUGUGAAGAAGGACAAUGACAAGUUGUCAACAAAGUCAAGAAUAGAUCACUUUUACUCCAUAAAACAAAUCUGUGAACUGUUUGUUAUCAGUCUAUAAACCCUGCAACAGGACUGUAACUGCUCCACACUGAGUGCUGCUUAUUUGGAUAAAAACGGCUUAAAAAUG